AUGACAAAGCGUUACCUUUUGCCCAGUUACCUGAAGGACAGUCCGGUCGAAGAAUAUAACAAAAAGACAUUUCCUCCGCUCCCUUUGCCUACCCAUUGGAAUUCUGCCGAUGGUGAUUCUUACAUAUCUAUCUCCGAUGAUGAUAAGUUGUCCCUACAGUAUACCGGUAAAAAUUUUUAUCAACUUAUUUUCUAUUCAAUUGACGGUCGAGCAAAGAGUUGGAUUGAUGCAGCUAGUAUAAGAUCAGAUAAUUACAUUCCUCCCGAAGUUGGCUUAUAUUAUUUCGAAAUAACUGUGAUUGAUUGUGGACACAGAGGUUGCAUCGGAAUUGGACUGAGCAAACCCGGAACGCGCUUAAAUAGAAUGCCAGGAUGGGAGCCUGAUACGAUAGGGUAUCACGGUGACGAUGGUCAUCUAUAUUAUGAACGUGGUACCGGACGAAAAUUUGGUCCUCUCUAUACUACCGGGGAAACUGUUGGUUGCGGCAUAAAUUAUUACGACAAGGAAGUGUUCUUUACGAAAAACGGGGUUAGCCUUGGCGUGGCAAGUAAAGAUAAAUUUGAUAGCGAGAUGUAUCCUACGUGUGGUAUGGAAAGCCCGAAAGAGAGUGCGAUAGUGAAUUUUGGUACACGACCUUUUGUAUUUGACAUUAAUACCUACGCAAAGAAUAUAUUCGCGAAGGCUAAACAGAGAGAAAAGGAAAAGAAAGAGGUCAGUGCGGAGGUUGCUAAUGAAAAUAACGAUGGAGUGACGGAAGUAGCCGCGAAUGCCACAGAGGAGGGACAGAUAGAUAAUGCAGCGGUAGAGAUUGUAACGGAUGGAAACGCCAUCCAACAGUCUGAUACGAUACCGCCCCUUGAUACAAAUAAUGCUACUGCAAUCGUAACUGCGAUACCCACUGACGAUAAUGUGACGGAUGUAAAUAAUAUUGUCCCAACCGUAAGUGAUAUGGUGGAUACAAGUGCGGUACCAACAUCGAAUGAUGUGGCGGAUGGAAAUACGGAUCACGAAACAAUUGCAAUUCCGACGAAUGUUGUUCUUUCGUGCACAAGAUCCGGUAGGGAUAAUGCAGUCGCGAACAUUACUCCACCAACUACUGCAGUAGAGAAUCCAGCUCUUGAACCUGAUCCCAUUCACCCGUCUAUAGAUGAGACAAUCAUUUCAAGUGAUAUCAUGGCAGAACGGCUACAUGAAAUUUUCACAGUUUCGACUGAAGGAGCACCAAAUGUUGUUGAUAUAAUUACAUCAAAUUCGGUUAAUCUAAUAGAGGCCUUGCUACCAUCUGAUGUCGUUACAGUCAAUGAGGAUAACGACACCGCGCAAAAUACGAUAGACGUUUUGUUAUAUUCUUGA